AUGCUCUAAGCUGCUGUUGUGGAUAUGACGAUUGGAUAAACCCUAAACCCCUCUCCGCUCCGCCGAGAUCCAUCCCCAAUCUCCCUCCCCUCGCCCCCUCUCCAGCCAUUCCAGGUUCCUCUGCACACCCAUCCCCAGAUCCACCGCCAUGGGAGCACCGCCGCCGCUACCGGGCGAGCUCGUCGAAGAGAUCCUCCUCCGCGUCCCGCCGGACCACCCCGCAUGCCUCCUCCGCGCCUCCAUCGUCUGCAAGGACUGGGCCGGCAUCAUCUCAUGCCCAGCCUUCCGCCGCCGCCUCCACGAGCUCCACCCGACACCACCCCUCCUCGGCUUCCUCCCUGGCGGGGGCUACGUGCCCCACCAGCACAGCUUCAUACCCACCAUCGCCUCGUCCUUCUCACCCGCCGCCCCGGACCACCGCUUCUGGCAUGCCCUUGACUGCCGCCACGACCGCGCCCUCUUCGUCUCCCAGGGCCAGGAUGGAUAUGCUCGGGAACUCCUUGUGUGGGAGCCAAUCACGGGCGCCCAGCAGCGCGUACCGUGGCCCGCGGCGUAUCCGUCCCGCUGCUACCCGACUAUGGCGGCCGUGUUCUGCGCAGCGGACGGGUGUGACCAUCGCCACUGCCUCGGGGGUCCUUUCCAUGUGCUAGUCGACAUCCAGGAUGAAUGCAUUGACGUGCCUCUCAUAUCAGUGUGCGUAUACUCGUCGGAGACCGGCGCCUGGGGCGAGCUGCUGACCUCCAUCCUGGCCUUCUCCAUAAUCGAAACAAACUUUUCCAGCGUGCUCGUUGGGAGCUCUCUGCUUUACUUCCUGUUCUACAACUGGUUCAACCUCGACUACGGCGAUCCAUCGAUUCUGGAGUAUGACUUGUCAAGGCAUGCCCUGAAUGUGUUUACCUUUAGCCCACCAGACGACAACUACUGUGAACGCCACCUCAUGCUGGCUGGGGAUGCUGGACUGGGCGUAAUCCAAGACUUUGAUUCGCAUCUCAAAUUGUGGACAAGAGAGGCGAGUGACCGCAUUGAUGCACGAUGGGUGCUCAGUCGGGUCAUCGACCUCGGCACUUUGGUACCAACUAGUGCCCCAUUGCAUGAAGAUUAUAGAGUGUGCGUGAUGGGCGUCGCUGAGGGAGCAAAUGUCAUUUUCGUCGACACAGUUGAUGGUGUUUUCUCAGUUGAGUUACAGUCGGAGCAUGUGAGGAAGGUGUGCGAUCAUGGCUUCGGUACUUUGAUCCCAGUUGUCAGCUUCUACACUCCUGUACCCCGAGGCAAGCCUAGUGAGGAGCCUAACGAGGAGGCAGGGGGUGAGGAGAAGAAAACAAUAGAUCGGGCACAACAGCUGUUGAGCAAGGGGUCCAAUGCGACCAAGGAAGGGGACUUUGUCAACACAUUCGAAUGCGUCAGCAACGACCACAAUAUCAGGGUUCCUUGUUAUGGAGAAGGUGCUCUGGAGGGUGCUAGCAUGCUCAACAAACAUGGAUGUGCCUUGCUACCGGAAGAUUCUUCGGGUGAUAUUCCCAAGAGUGCACCAAAUGAAGUGUCCGUGAAGGGUACAACCAGCAAAGAUGAUGGCAGAAACUCGACGACCUCUGAUAGCAAUGUUGAGGGUGCUCCAGCUUCAGAGAAAGUGAGGAUAUUGAAACAACAGCAAGAGGAUGAGGAGAGGAAGCUUCAAGAUGCAAAGAAGAAGGGGCAGGUUGGCCAGGCUGUGGGCAUUAUGAUGUUGUUGCUGUCAUGGAUUUUGGAGUGGACGUGAAGGCUGCUUCAGGUGGUAUCUUUUGGUCGGCGUGUGGCUGCCGAGGACAUGGUUGUGGGCUCGUUGCUAUAUGCAGCUUGAUCGGAAGAUAGCUAGUGCCCGACACAACUCUAUGUGCAAGAAGACAAUUGGUGAUUAAAUUUCUCAAGGCUCGGUUCUUCUACUCUUUCUGGUUAAAGAAAUAUAUGAUAACCGUCUGAACUGUUUCGUAGAAAGGAUUUCAUUUCAGAGCAUAUGCGUUGUAGCUAAUUCCGAGACAGGUGGUGCAUUCUUAUUCCCAAAUCGACAUUUGUUCCUGGAGCAUAAAAUUUAAUUAGUUUUGCCGAAGGGGAUUUUCCUUUACACAGCGCUGCUGCCGUGCAACAACUGAACA